GUGACACCUCCAGUAUUGAAGACGCAUAAUUGUGGUUUUCGUAAGGUAUCACCAGAAGUGUCGGCAAGUAAAACACCAGCGGAGGUGAUAAAACUUGAUGAAUCGGUCAUGGAUGAUACUGCUGAAAUAAUACGAUCUUUAAAGGAAGCGAAAGCAAAUUUUGAAAGAAUUCUCGAGGAAAAACGUCAACGACACCGAACUAGUUCAGUUGCAACAUGUUCAAUUUCCUUUGAUGAUAUACCAUCGAAUGAUCAUCUGGAUUCGAGCGGCUCGGCAGAUAUCAUCUCGAAAUCAACACAAAUAAAUCUGACACCGACUGCACGUGAUGGCGUACGAACGUUGAUCUCAGCGCGUUUCAGGAAUCUCACAAGUGAAGAGCCUUCACCGAUUACACGAAUUGAGUCACGGAAACGUAGGAGGAAAACAUCCCAAACAGGCGUCUUUAGAGAUGGGCAUAGGUUAUCGUUCUGUUCUUCUGACGACGAUAAUGAUGAUGGAUCGUCAGCGAUUGGUCCCAAAGAGAGCACUCCACUUUCGGCACGUAAAACAGUUCAUCGGUAA